GGUAUGUAAGCCAGUUAUCUCAUACCUGGGAAGAUGGACUUUAGAGGCAAGAUGAAGUUCAGUAGCAAGUCCUUGAUGGUUUUACUUGCAGCCUGCAUUUUGGCUGCAGUAAUGCCCUCUGAUGCCACAUAUCAUGCUAGCAAUCCUCCUCCAAAGGCAUACUACUACAAGUCUCCUCCUCCACCAGUCCACCUGCCAUCACCGGUUCCCAAGCCUCCAGUUGUGAAGCCACAUCCUCCACCAAAGCCUGUAUCUCCUCCCCAUUACAUUCACAAAUCUCCACCCCCACCUGUCCCUAAGAUUGCUCCUCCCAAGCCACCUCCAACAUUGCCUCCUCGUCACCACAAGCCUCCACCAGUCCAUACUCCACCCAAACCAUAUCAUAAGCCCCCUCCUUCACCAGUUUAUGCUCCCCCCAAAACUUCUCCUCCCCCCCACCAUGAGAAACCACCAAAGACACCAGUAUCUUCUCCUCCCCCUCACCAUGAGAAACCACCAAAGGCACCAGUAUCCCCUCCAUAUGAGCAUAAAUCCCCACCUCCUCCAAAGGUGGAAGUGAAGCCCCCUCACCCUCCUAUUGUAACUCCUUCCCCACCAAAACCAGUGCCUGUGUACCCACCUCCCCAUUCUAAAUCCCCCGUCUACCCACCACCUACCCAUCACUACUCUAACAAGUCCCCCCCUCCUCCAUACUAGUUGAUAUGGAUGCCAACUUGCUAUUUGGAAGUUUGAAGAUUUGAAGAGGCACUAGUUAUAUUACAAUAACGUAAUCAGCUUUAGUCUAUGUAGGGCAAAAGCUUAUAGAACAAUGUAACCACAUCUGCAUAUGGAUCUCGAACGUAUGCAUUAUAUGUACUACAUAUUCGAUUAAAUAAAUCAUGCCAAUGUUUAUCUUUAUAAUGAA